AUGUCUUUAUUUGUGUCUUCCAGAAACUCGGUAGCCCGCGGCUUCCUACAGCAGUCGGCGACCACUAGAUCUGCUAUCUACGCAGGCCUAAACAUGGCUCGCUUCUAUAGUAACGGCGAGAAAACAUUGAAGGAACGUUUCGCCGAAAUCAUUCCUGGCAAAGUCGAAGAAAUCAAGAAGCUAAAAAAGGAACACGGGAAGACCGUCAUUGGCGAAGUGCUUCUCGAGCAAGCUUAUGGUGGUAUGCGUGGUAUCAAGGGUCUAGUGUGGGAAGGUUCUGUCUUAGACCCAGAAGAGGGUAUCCGUUUCAGGAACAAAACUAUCCCAGACAUUCAAAGAGAGCUACCAAAGGGAGCCGGCGGCUCCGAACCUUUGCCGGAAGCUCUUUUCUGGCUGCUACUUACCGGUGAGGUUCCUACUGAGUCGCAAGUCAAAGCCCUCUCUGCCGACUUGGCCUCGAGAUCCGAGCUGCCAGAACACGUUGACCAGCUAUUGAACACUUUGCCAAAGGAUUUGCAUCCUAUGGCUCAGUUCUCCAUUGCUGUCACCGCCUUGGAAAGUGAGUCCAAAUUCUCCAAAGCCUACGCUCAAGGUGUUUCCAAGAAGGAUUACUGGAACUACACCUUUGAGGACUCCUUAGAUUUGAUUGGUAAGUUGCCAGUUAUUGCCGCCAGAAUCUACCGCAACGUCUUCAAGGACGGUAAGUUGCCCGCCGUGGAUCCUAAUGCUGAUUUUGGUAAGAACUUGGCUCAACUUUUGGGUUUCCAAAACGAGGAUUUUGUCGAAUUGAUGAGGUUGUAUUUGACUAUCCAUUCCGACCAUGAGGGUGGUAAUGUGUCGGCACACACUACCCACCUGGUGGGCUCUGCUUUGUCCUCCCCAUACUUGUCCUUCUCAGCUGGUCUAGGUGGUCUUGCGGGACCUUUGCACGGUCGUGCGAAUCAAGAAGUUUUGGAGUGGUUGUUCAAACUAAGAGAGGAAGUGAAGGGAGAUUAUUCCAAGGACACCAUCGAAAAUUACUUGUGGGAUACCUUGAAUUCCGGCAGGGUUGUCCCAGGUUACGGCCAUGCUGUUUUGCGUAAAACUGACCCCCGUUACACCGCUCAACGUGAAUUUGCCUUGAAGCACUUCCCAGAUUACGAUCUUUUCAAGUUGGUUUCCACCAUUUACGAAGUUGCUCCAGGUGUUUUGACCAAGCACGGUAAGACCAAGAACCCAUGGCCAAACGUGGACUCUCACUCCGGUGUUUUGUUACAAUACUACGGUCUUACUGAGGGUUCCUUUUACACCGUAUUGUUCGGUGUGUCUAGAGCCCUAGGUGUUUUGCCCCAACUUAUCAUCGAUAGAGCUGUUGGCCAGCCAAUCGAGAGGCCAAAGUCAUUUUCCACCGAGAAGUACAUCCAACUGGUCAAGUCUAUCAAUGCCAAGAACUGA